AUGGCGGUUGCUGUGAGAAGGGAGAUCUGCUGUCACAUGGAUGUGACUGUAACCUUCUAUAUUGUCCUCUAUUACGCUGCUGCAAAGUGGCCUGCAGUGACUCCUGGAGCAUAUGGAAACAGAGGCACAAUCACGGAUGCACCAGGAUUUGACCCCCUGAAGGAUGCAGAAGUCUUGAGGAAGGCAAUGAAGGGAUUUGGAACUGACGAGCAGGCCAUUAUAGAUUGCCUUGGAAGUCGCUCAAACAAACAACGACAGCAGAUCAUGCUGUCCUUCAAAACAGCCUAUGGAAAGGAUUUGAUCAAGGAUCUCAAGUCUGAGCUAUCAGGCAAUUUUGAGAAGACAAUCUUAGCAAUGAUGAAGACACCUGUCAUGUUUGAUGCUUAUGAAAUCAAGGAAGCUAUAAAGGGUGUUGGCACAGAUGAGAACUGCCUUAUUGAAAUCCUAGCUUCUCGCAGUAAUGAGCAUAUUCAGGAACUCAACAGGGUCUAUAAAGCAGAAUUUAAGAAGACUCUGGAGGAAGCAAUCAGAAGUGACACAUCAGGACACUUUCAGAGGCUUUUAAUUUCACUUUCUCAGGGAAACAGAGAUGAAAGCACAAAUGUUGACAUGUCUCUUGUCCAGAGAGAUGUGCAGGAGUUAUAUGCAGCUGGAGAGAACCGUCUAGGGACGGAUGAGUCCAAAUUCAAUGCCAUUCUGUGUGCAAGAAGCAGGGCCCACCUCAGAGCAGUUUUCAGUGAAUACCAGCGGAUGUGUAACCGGGACAUUGAGAGCAGCAUAUGUCGGGAGAUGUCUGGAGACCUGGAGAAGGGCAUGCUGGCAGUAGUUAAGUGUCUCAAGAACACACCUGCAUUUUUUGCAGAAAGAUUGAAGAAAGCUAUGAAGGGGGCAGGGACGAGGGACAGAACCCUGAUUCGGAUCAUGGUGUCGCGCAGCGAGGUUGACCUGCUGGACAUACGCGCGGAGUACAAGCGGAUGUAUGGGAAGUCUCUCUACGCGGAUAUCACCGGUGAUACUUCAGGAGACUACCGGAAAAUUCUCCUCAAAUUGUGUGGUGGAAAUGACUAAAGGGAGCAUUGAGGUUUUUUUGUUUUGUGUGUGUUUUGUUUUUUAAAGCUGC